GUAGACAUUCUGACACUGGGGGGAACUGACUUGGUGUCACUGACAUCCCCAGUGACACCAAUACAGCGAUCAGUACUAAAAGAACACUGUACUAAUGGCACUGGGCAGGAAGGGGUUAACAUGAGGGGCGAUCAAAAGGUUAACUGUGUACUGGGAGUGUUUUACUAUGGGGCUGUGUCAGUGUGCUUCACUGUAAUCACACUGCUUUGGUUGGCUGUGCUGUGCAAAGCAAUACAAAGCAGCAUGUCCAUGCUGACAGGAGAGAGACCAGUGUUGUUCCCACAUGGA